AUGACAAGCAUAGUCCAACCGCCUGAAUUGAUAGCCACAUCAGUAGACGAACAAGUGCAAUACAAAAUUGAACUGCUCUUGCACGUGAACAGCAUCCUACUCUCCAGAUUGCUAUCAUUGACUAACAAUAGUUCCAUCACGAUCAACAGUUUACCAGAGAACCUACAGAACAUAUCGUCGCAGUACCUGAAGCGAAUCCAUUCCAAUUUACAGUGCAUCUCACAGAUGAACCAGGGCCUGCUGAACUCGAAACCCUUGAUUCUGGACCCUCCCCAGCAACUGUCCACCCCUAACGAUUCCUCAAAUGUAAAUCCGCAACAGGACCUACUGGCCAAGUUCUAUCUGCUGCUCAAUAGAGUAUUCGAAAUAUGGCAGUGA